AUGCUACUGAGGUACAACGAGGCAAAGGAUCUGGCCAAGAAUCUGGAGAAACACGCCAACAAGGUUCAGGCUGAGGCUGAGGAGGCUGGAAACAAAGCUUUGAAGCUCUACGCCAACCUGACCAGCCUCCCCUCGAUCGACACCAAGGCCCUCGAGGACGAAGCUAAAAAGAUCAAGAAGGAGGCGGCGGAUCUCGACAAGCUGAUUGAUAAGACGGAAAAGGAGUACAACGACCUCCGGGAAGACCUGAAGCCCAAAGAGCAGGAAACAGCCGAUCAGCUGCUAGCUCGAGCCGACGCCGCCAAAGCUCUGGCCGAGGAGGCAGCGAAGAAGGGCCAGUCGACGUUCAGGGAGGCCCAGGACAUCCUGGACAACCUGCGAGAUUUCGAUAGGAGGGUCAACGACAACAAGACUGCUGCUGAAGAAGCCUUAAAGAAGAUCCCUGCCAUCAACGCCACCAUCAUGGCCGCCAUCGAGAAGACCAGGCAGGCGGAGGCGGCGCUCGGCAACGCUGCCGCUGAUGCCCGUGAGGCCAAGAAAAAGGCAGAGGAUGCUGAGAGGAUCGCCAGCAAUGUGCAGAAGAGCUCCGCCAUGACCAAAGAGGAGGCAGAGAAGGCCUUCCAGGACACCAGCAAGCUUGACAACGAGGUCAACGACUUGAUGUCGCAGCUGACUGCCGCAGAGCGGGAGCUCAAGGAGAAGAAGGCCCAGGCCGACCAGGACAUGAUGAUGGCGGGGAUGGCUUCGGGCAGUGCAAAGGAGGCGGAGGACAAUGCCCGCAAAGCAAAGAGUACGGUGAAGACAAUCCUGAAGGUCAUCACGGACCUGAUGAACCAGCUCGGAAACAUCGAUAAGAUUGACCUGAGCAAACUGAACGAGAUCGAAGAGUCGCUGAAGAGGGCCAAGGGCAAGAUGGCCAACAGCGAGCUUGACAAGAAGCUGAUGGAGCUGAACGAAGUGGCGCGGACUCAGGAGGAGAUGAUCAAUGACUACGACCGGCAGAUCCACGAGAUCCGCGCCGACAUCGAAAACCUCAACGACAUCAAGAACACGUUACCCAGCGGCUGCUUCAACACGGCAUCCCUGGAGAAGCCUUAACCCCGCCCCCUCCUCCUCCGCCCCGCCCCCACCUACACUCACAUCUAACACUCCGGCGAGCACGCCGCCUUUUACCAAAAACAGUUUUUCUUUCAGAUUCUUUUUCUUUUACAAGACAGAAGCCAGCGUUUGAAACCACGGUCAUGAUUUCAGCCAACGAGAAGUGGCCGUUUUUUUUUUUUUUCUUCUCGAGAUGCAGUGACGUGGUUACGGUCAAACGAACUAAACGGCGCCGAGAAGCCGUGCGGAGAAAACCAGAACCACAAACCCGACGUGACUGCAGCCGUCUGCGCCACAGCGGGAAGUCUGAGGAACGACGCAGGAAGCUCCGCCCGCAUUUUCUGUUUUCUGCGUCUCACCAGCCAUUUCCCAUCAUGCCCGGGGGCGCUUUCACAGUGCGAGCCCGCUGAACACUGCUGGAACACCGUCACCUCUAACACAGUGAAGGAAUCCUCAGCUUUCCUCUGAAGCUACGCUCUGACGCUAACAGCACCAGACCUCCUCCUUCUGUUCCUCCUCCGCUUCCUUGUCCUCCACUUCCUGCUCUUCCUCCUCAGCUUCCUGCUCCUCAUUCUGUUCUUCCUCUCCCUUCACUUCCUGCUCCUCUUCCUCCUCCCUGCUCCUCCUUCUGCUUGUCCUCUUCCUCCACUUCUUCCUGCUCCUCCUUCGACAGUAUUUUCUCCUCCAAACAGGUUAAAGCCUCAGACUCUGCCGCUCACAAAAACAUUUCAAAGCGUUUCUCAUCAGGUUCCCAGAAAAAGUGUCGUGAUGAUGUCGAGAUUCGAUCACCGACUCUUUGAUGGAGUUUUUAUGAAUGUGAGAUCAGAUGUUAAAGACCUAAAUAUUGUUGGCACAAAUAAUUAUCGUUUACAAGGAUUUAUUUUAUCCAUUUUUGGUUUAAAAGAUAAAUUUAAAAUGUGGAUUUAUGAGAUUAAAGAUCCACAAAGACAGGAGACUUUCUCACAUUAAGGUGGUGAAAAUUUAAAAUAAUCCGUGAUUACUGCGAGCAUUCAGGAUGGUUUCUUAUUAAGACCCUGAAAGAUCUGAGACUCUGGAUCAUUGUUGGUUUAAACAGGAAAAUCUGAGAUCUGGAGGAAGGAAUGUGGGUUUUCCAGAUUCAAAUUUGAGUACAAAAAUAAAAGAAUGACUGAGAAAAACCUCAUAUCUUCUCUGAUGAACCCAAAGUGAGUUUUUUAAAAUUAAAAUCAGUUUAUUAGAACUAAAUCUCAGCUCAGAGUUUGGAAGUAUAAGCCCCGCCCCUCCUGGCUCUGAAACGCCUCGUUAAGUCUGAAUCUUGUGACGGGCUGUAAUCGGUGUGAGGUGGAUCAGCUCCUGAGUGGGUGCAGCUCGGGUGGAGCUGCUCCUGCUGCAGAUGUUUGGGCUGUUUUGUGUUGGCAGGAAGUUUGAGGUUAACUCCUGAUUCCGUGAGUUUUGUUUUUGGGGUUUCCGGCUCCGUCGGCGUCUUUAAAGCCGCUCUCUCUGCAUUAACGCUUCGCUCCGGGCUCGAUCCAACACUAUGCAACUUUGUACAUUUUGCGUAGCGAGAGUUUUAUCUGAUACACUGGUGCUAAUAAUAAUUAUUCAAAUGUUCUAUUUUUGUGUGAAUGUUUUUUAUUAUUCUGACACGGAGUGAGGAAUUUUUGUCGUGUGUGUAAAUAUCUGAUGAUUCAGGACGGGCUGAUGUUUCUCCACCCUGCAAACAGCCUCCAUCACAAUCAAUCAACGGGAACCUCCAGCUUAAAUAUCUAUAAAUAUGAAUAUCUCUUCACGUCUGUGCUAGCUAUUAUCAUUAUUAUUAUGCUUGCUUGUAUACAAGGCUCCGUGUUGCUGCCUCACAGCGACACCAUCAUGUUUGGUUUUUUGAUUCUCUGAACAUGUUUGUUUUCACCCUCUCACCAAUCAGGAUGUGGUGUUUUGGUUUUUUUAAGUGGGCGUGGCCUGCCCAUGAGUCAUUUCACUGAAUGGUGUUAACAAGCCAAGUCACAUGUGGCUAAAGUAGCUUUUAAUUAGUGUUUUUGUGCCUUAAUAUUAAAGUCCCUGCGAGGGCCUCCAUGUUUUUAUUUUGUCCUCAUGUCGGUACUGAAGCAGGGUUUGCCUUUUUUUGUUUUGUUUUUUUUGUCCCAAACACCGAAAACAAUCCAAUACCACUAAACUGUUCUGUGCUUUUAUUUUGAAAAGCCCUCCCUGACCAGUGCAGGUGAGGGUUUGUCUGUAUUUCCUCCCUCCAUCCUGUCGGCCUCUCUGCAGGCGGUGCAGCUCCUGUGAUGUAUAAACAGUAUUUUAAGUUAUAGUGAACCACUUAUUCGUUUUGUAACCCCCCAUCGCAUCAGAGGGCGGUGUGCGAGCUGCACGGCCUGCAGGACGCCACAUCUGCAGCCCUGUGAGGUCCUGAACCCCCUGUGUUUUUGUUCCCACGUGCCUGUAAAUCCAGACAUAACAUUUGAAUAAUAAAUAAAUAAAUUCCUA